UAGCGACUUCCCGGAGACAACCAGCAAAAGAACUCAAAUAUAUUUUUGCAAAUUUAGUCAGAAUAUAUGGUAAUAUUAGUUUGAAAUCUUGUAAUUCAGACUCACAAAGCCAACGACCUGUAGAUAGUCUAAAGGCAGCUAAGCGACUUGCUUUUUUUCAUCUCUAUAUGCUGGAACUUACAAAUCUUUCUUUAGCUUCAUAUUCUCUUUGUUCAAGAUAUUAUAUGCAAAUAGUUAUUAAUAAUCAUUUUUAUAAGCUUUUUAGUGAUUCAUAUCAAGGUCAAGAAAGUGAAGAAAAAAAGCUCAAUGCUAGAAUUGAGCGAAUGCAGCAGUAUUUGAAAAAUCAAAAAAAUGAGGUAGAAGAAUUGAAAAAGCUAUUACAAAAUGCUAAUGACAACAUAAAUGUGAUCCAAGGUUUAUAUGAAAAGCAGCGUAAAAAUAAUGAAAAACAAAUCGAUUUAGUUAUUGAAAUAGCAAGAGCAGAAUAUGGGAUGUUUUUUGAUGAUAUUAAAAUUCAACUUGCUAUUUUGGCUAUUAAAUAUUCAAUAGCACAAUCAAAGAUGUUUGAUGAACUUUUAAAGUAUGAAGAACUAUUACCCAAAGGUCUUUUAUUUCUCGCAUUUGAUAAUGAGCAAAAAGGACAAAAAAAUUAUCUUGAUCAGAAAUUUAACACAGCAUAUAGUUCUCUUAACAGGUCUCAAUAUAAAGAACUUUUUAACAUUAAUUUCCAAAUGCAAAAAAUCAUCGACGAAGAAUUACAUACUUAUUUAGAUAAGAUUAUUAUGUUAUUGUCUAAAGAAAAGUCCUCUACUAAUGUUAUUAAUUUUCUUGCAGCAUCUAUUUCAGUUGAUAUUACUAAAUCAAAAUUUUGUUUUAAAGUUAAUAUUCCUGAAAUCUAUAUUCCUGAUCCGAUUAAUCUUAAUCCUAAUUUAGUUGCAAGUGUUGAACAAAUUCUUUUGCAUAUAGAGAAAAUAUCAGGUAUUAAAGAUGGAAUCU